CGGAACCCUCGAAGUAAGAGCUAAGUAUAAAAUCACACUUGAACAAUUUUGACAUUUAUAACCUAAAAAAAUAUAAAAGUCCAUGUGGAUAUUUUAAAUUGAAUAGAAUAUUUAAAAUCAAUGUUUAUUUAAAAAUGUCUGCAUGUAACGAAAUUAUUGAUGAUAUUGAAGACUUGAUUUCAUCUCAAGAUAUUACACCGAAAGAACGAUAUAGUAGUCGAAAACAUGUUAAAAUUAGGCCAAAGAAACAACAAUUGGGUGAAUAUAAUGUGGAGAAAACAAUUCUAAGUAGCGUAAUUCCGGGUACACAAACAAUCUAUGUUAAGACAUGGGGAUGUGCUCACAACAGUUCAGAUUCCGAGUAUAUGGCUGGACAAUUAGCCGCAUAUGGGUAUAAGUUAACAGAAGAUAAGUUCGCUGCUGAUUUAUGGCUGUUAAAUAGUUGUACAGUUAAAAGCCCUGCUGAGGAUCAUUUUAGGAAUGAAAUUGAAGCAGGACAAAAAAAUGGCAAACAUAUAGUAAUUGCGGGGUGUGUACCUCAAGGUGCACCAAAAUCAAAUUUCAUGAAAGGUUUAAGUAUAAUUGGUGUACAACAAAUUGAUAGAGUCGUGGAAGUUGUUGAAGAAACACUUAAAGGAAAUAGUGUUCGCUUAUUGGGUACAAAAAAAGAUAAUGGUAAAAAAAUUGGAGGUGCUUCAUUGUUAUUGCCAAAAGUUCGAAAAAACCCAUUAAUUGAAAUUAUUGCAAUUAAUACGGGGUGUUUGAAUCAAUGUACGUAUUGUAAAACAAAGCAUGCUCGUGGUGAUUUAGGUAGUUAUUCUCCUACGGAAAUUGUUGAGCGAGCUGAACAAGCAUUUUCUGAAGGUGUUGUUGAAAUAUGGUUAACUUCAGAAGAUACUGGGGCCUAUGGGAAAGAUAUUGGGACAUCUUUAUCAGAACUUUUGUUUGAACUAAUUAAAGUUAUACCGGAUGGAUGUAAAAUGCGAGUAGGUAUGACAAAUCCACCGUAUAUUAAGGAUCAAUUAGAAGAUAUCGCAAAAGCACUUGCACAUCCGAAAUUAUACAAAUUUUUACAUAUACCUGUACAGUCAGGUAGUGACAUUGUGUUGUAUGACAUGAAACGGGAAUAUACUCGAAAAGAUUUCGAGGAUGUUGUUGAAUAUUUGAGGGAAAAGAUACCAGGAAUAACUAUCGCAACGGAUAUAAUUUGUGGAUUUCCAACAGAAACAGAUGAAGAUUUUAAGGAAACUUUAUCAUUGUGUGAUAAAUAUAGAUUUCCUAGUUUAUUUAUAAAUCAGUUUUUCCCAAGACCUGGGACACCAGCAGCUCGAAUGCCCAGGAUUCCUCCACAACAAGUUAAAACACGGACAAAACAACUCACCGAAUUAUUUUAUUCUUAUGAACCAUACGGUUCUAAGGUUGGAGAAAUUCAAAAUGUUUUGGUGACAGAGUUAUCGCAUGACAAACAAUUUUUUGUUGGUCAUAAUGAAUUCUACGAACAAGUUUUGAUACCCAAAAAAGAAGAAUUUAUGGGUAAAAUGGUUCAAGUACAAAUUAAAUCUGCUUCAAAAUUUUCAAUGAUUGCUGAACCAGUAUCUAAUAAUUUAAUUAAGCCAGGAUUAGCGAAUCCACUUAAGAAAGGAGAAAUUUCUGGAUAUCAAAUAACAUCUACAAAAACAUCAAAUGUAUACUAUGCUGUAAUUGCUGUAUUUGUAGCUUUUAUAUUUCGACUUGUAUGGAUUUUAUUUAAUAUUUAG